AGAGACCAUGUGAACAUCUGCAAAUCCAAGCUGCUGUUCAGAGCCUUUCUUAAAACAAGGUGGAUACAAUUGUGGAAAGGUUCAGACAGGAACUGAGCCAAAAGCAAGAACCUUUGGAAAACAGGCUGAUCUGACUUAGUCUGAACACCUAUGAAAUAAGACACUAAUACCUUCAUCUUCCAGAAGAACAGAAUUCCAUAAGUCUCCUGAACCUGACAGGACACAGAAGCAUAUCUACGUGGGUCUCUUGGCAAGAUCAGGAUCUAAGAGUUUGAUUUGCCUUCUGCUAUUUAUUAGCUAUUAUACAAGUCCUGUUGUCUUGCAUGAAUAUGGACUGCUUCACAUUGCUCUUGUUUACUACCAACUUACUUCAGUGCUGAAAGUAAAGCAGAUUCUUUCUAAACAGAAAAUGAAGAGGCUGUUCGUGCUCCUAGGACAAGCUGAGUUCACAUAAAUAUUCAAUGGAUGUAGGGUGGUGAACAGUCUCAUCUUGGUAUCACUUUUCUUAUAUGAGUAAGGCACAUGCUUUCCUUCUGCUCUCCUGAGGACUGUGGCACGCUGGGGGCAUUGCUGAGCAUUACCUGGUUGAAGUCACUACUGCCCAGCCAUGCAUGGAGGACUCCAGGACAGGAAAAGAAGUUUCCUUCCCUGCACAGUGCCUUUUCCCCAGCAGGUAUUUUAGAAGAAGGAAAAUCAACUCAGACAGGUGUAACUACAGCAUCAACCACAACUGGAAUUCUGAACACCGAGAAAAGACCCAGCUGUGGUCCUCAGUGUGGGAACCCCACGGUUCCCACCACAGGAGCUGUGGCGCAGAGGCCCAGCAGCUUCAGAACCGCAGAGAGCAAACGGGACACAAAGAAAAUGCCCACAAAAGAAGUCACCAUUAACGUCACAAAGAGCAUCAGACAAAGCGACAGAAGGAUAGCAAAGAAUUGCAUCAAUUAACGACAUAAAGCUAAAGCGAGGAUGGACCUAGAAAUACUUCGCUGCACUUUAAAUCAGCCAGGUAGCAUUUGAAGAUCGCAAGACGUUCUGUGUUGACUACAGUAGGCAGCUGCUGCCGAGUGCCUUCAGAAACAUGUCCUGCAGAAAACAGCUGCAAACACCCUACGAGGUUCUCAUGUCACUUGUCUAAUGCAGGGGUACUACAUGGACAUAUGCCAAAAUUUGUGCCAUUUGUUUUUACAAAGUCCUAUGUUAUCUACUUGUAGACGUCUUGUUCUGCAUUGCUAUUAGGAUGAGAGGUAUAGUUCUUCUUAAUUUAAAGCAGGAAAGGAAAAAAUGAAUCAGCAUUUUUAGCCAUAAGGAGUUUGAAGUAUGUACACUCAAUUCUACAGAGUUCAUUUAAAGAGUUCACUUCUAUAAAACUCAAACCCAGAUAUCACAGAAAUAAUGACACAUGGAUGGCUUCCAUUAUAACUCUUUUAAGCUAUAUAUAUCAGUUAUAUAUAGUUAUGUCAUAUACUAACCUUUUUAUAUAUUAAUCUUUUAAAUACUUAAUUUUAAUUUAUUUUCUAUGUUGACAGAAUUUAUGUCUUAUAAACAAUAACUUACAUAUUCCAGCCUUACUUGAAGUUCAUAGUAUUAGCUGGCCAGUAGAGUUCUGGCUACUCUCUUUUUUAGACAUACCCCUUUAAUUAUUUUGAGAUCCAAACUCUCUUCGCUAAACUCUGGAAAAUAGUGAUCACUCUAUAUGACAAUGACCAUACUUCUUAAAACAAUAUUCCACUGAUGAUAGCUCCAAAAAUUAACUUUAUUUGAUUAGACAUAGUUGUUUUGAUGGGCAGAACAUGUAUUUAAUUGCAUUGUAUGCAUCCUGUAUCAUAGCACUCUAUGUUUGUCAUAAAUAUACAGCUAAAAGGAAUAUAAAUGUUCAGUGUCGUAAAAUCCAGCAAUGAAUUUAACAUAUUACUUCUUCGUAUAGAAGUAUUCACUGUAAGCUUACACUUUUAUAAAGAUAAAAGAGGUAAAUUUAUUUGCAUCCCCCAUCAAACAUAUAUGAGCAUCCUUUGAGGACCAUUUAAAAUAACUACUCAAAAGUUGUUCAUAACAAAUGAGAUUGGGAAUAAAAUCUGUAUAUGAACUGCAAAAAGUCUUUUUUACACUUGGGCAAACAAGUAUAAAUAGAAUUGUGGAACUGAAUCCUAAUUUAUUCCAUAUUAGGAUCAUUUUAAUAACUUCCUGCUAGCUGUGUGAGUACUUAAUACUUUACUUGGAGUACAAAAAGUUUAUGCAGUCGGGAAUUGUUUAGGUAAGUAAUUGUUUUCUAUUAUUCCGACACAAAGACAAAGCAAAAUCCAGAGGCAGUGAGAGAUUUUUGCAUACACUAGGAUAUGUAUUUUUAACAAAUCAUUCUUUUUAGAUGUCCUAAAAAAGGACAAAGGUCCUGUGCUAAGCUCUCUUCAGUUCAAUGUGUUAUCUGGUAAGUGGUCUUGUGCUGCACAUUUACAUAGAAGAACUAAAAAAUACUGAAAAGAAUGCUGUACAGGUAAAACAUGCUGUCUACAUUUAUCCUUCCAACUUGUGGCUCUCUGCCAACUUGCUUGCAACAUUAGAGGACAGGAAGGGACUUGACUUACUCUAACAAUAAACAAUAGCUGUAGCAGCUCAGCAGUAUUAAUUUAGAAAUGGAUAGCUCUUGUUUUUGACCAUGCACUAAUCUAAUUGAAAGCACAUAUUCAGGAUCUUGCAUUAUUUGUGCAGAGCAGAAAGUGAACCAUUUCAGAUCUGUGCCAAACUUGCAACCCAUUUCUGUUUCAAAGGAUUUACUGGCAGAGACAGUACAGUAUUAAACAGUAUGAUACAGAAAAUGUAUGGAAAACAAUCAGCGAUGCUGGUUUGUGUAAGGGUACAACCAAUUUUGAAAGAAGGCAAAAGGGAAGUUUCAUUGCUUGCCAUUACUUAAGAAGCUGUUCCACAGAGAGUUGUCUUGGAUGGUUACGAAGUUGGAGUGAAGAGAUGCAAAGAUAGGGGAAUUCGAGCAAUGCGAUUAUUUACUAGCUAAGAAAUUUUUUCAUGAUGAUGUGCUGACCAGAUGCAGCUGGUGUCUUGGUUCACGCAGCAGGAGGAAGACUGCAGAGCUGCAUUGUACAAAGGUAUGAGAAGUAGCCUUCAUUGCAUGUGAACAGUCAGCAGGGAGUCAGACUUUUGAGUCUUACGUUCAGAGCGUGAGAUGUGACAGGAUGGUUGGCAGGGGAUGGCUUGGCGUGUAACUAUCUGUGCAGUACCACAGACCUUGCUCAUGCUGGCCGCGUCCCUCAUCAGGAUGGCAGUUAUGGAGUCAUGAAAGCUGCCUGCUCUGGUUGACACCUGUGUCUGCUCAUGGUAACUUGUUUGAGCUAGUUCAAGAUCUCAACAACCAGUUUACAUCCUGAACCAUAAUUUUAGGGCAUUCAAAGAUAGAUCUGACUUUUGUGUUAUGAACCAUGCCUAGUUACGAGCAACCUUGUAACCUGUUUUCAUGUAACAUAUUACUGUUCUUCUUUGUUAAGAAGUAAUCGAAAAGACAUUACAUUAUGUCUUCAAUAGCUUGUUCUUCAGGCACGAGUUCCCAGUGAUCUCAACAGAACUAAGACUGUGUCGUGGAGACAUGAACUCUGCCUGUGUGCUUACCUAGGGUUAUAUUAUGUUUUCUUUACUCUGCUUCUACUAGAGACAACCAGUAGUAGAAACGACCCGUUUGUUUAUGAAAUAAUAUACCACUCAGUGUAAUUAAGGGUAACAGAGUCUAGUCUAUACUGCUUAAGACAAAUUAAAAGUACUAAAAAUAGUUUCCUGUGCUGGUUUUCAUGCAGGAAGCAAGCUCAAAGAAUCAUCUGGACAUCUUCACUCCAGGGGCCUUUCUAGGAGUGAAGAGUCUUAUCUACAGGGUCUGUUCUUCAGCUAGGAUCUUUAAAAUAUAAAUGACCCAAGUGAAGGAAAUAAUACAACCAUGUUAGAAGACAUAUACUUUUAGAUAAAGGACCUGCUGAAAUCUUUGACGUCUUAUAUGACAGGACUUUUGAAAUGUGAUUUUCCCACACAAGGUAUUACGCCACAUGAUUUGUUCCCCAUUCUUUGGCUGCAGAGGAGGAUUUGUACAGAUGCCCUGAAACAACAUUCUUUCCAUGGAAAUUAUUUGCCAACCUUGCGUGAGUUUUUAUGAUUUACCUUAGUUCAGGUUUUGAAUAGAAACAAACUUACUUUGUUAUGUUUCCACAAUUCCAAUGCAACAUCCAGACAGGACUUUAUUCUGAUAUGUAUGUACACAUAAAAUGUAUUUUCUUCUGACAUAUGAGAAAUGGAGUCACUAAAAUAAAUUUGAAAAUGACCAUUUGAAUUUGGAAACAAAGUAGCCUUUGGAUAAAGAAGAGAAAGGAUCCACAGCUACCAGUAGACAACAUUAGGCAAAUUCAUCCUCUCCUGUAACUCAAUGGAAUUCCCAUCUUUUGCUAUUCCUUGAUUUUGUCCCUUACACUUGCUUCGUGUAUGUCAUGAUUUCAGCAUUACUGCAUGCCAUUGAUUGGAGGACACACGAUUGUACUGUGCAGCAAAAAUGAUCAUUCACUGAAAAAGGAGGAAAGUACAAUUAUUGUGUGGGCAGUAUAUAAGUACUGGGUUAAACAUGCAUUCUUGUUAUCUAGGUAACUAAGAUCACAUACAAAACAGAUUUUUUGAUCUUCCUAGUGUGUUCAUUUACCUGUGUGUUCAUUUACCUAUAUAUUCACAUCUGCAUGUCUGUGUGUGGGUACACUGUAAUGUCUUUAAUUGGUAAUUAUGUUCUGCACUUCAUGCAUGGUUUUUGUGAACCUUUCAGUUGAGUUUUUAAUUCUGUCACACCAAUGUAAAAUCUUUUAAUGUUUGAAUUGAAAUGUAUUUAACAUGCCUUAUGAAAAGAAUGAGCUAUAUCAUUUGUGCACAGAACUGGUGUUUGAAAAAGCAGGCUUAGUUUUAUUUGGAAAUAUGAAUAGUCUAUCUAAAUAAGGAUUCAAAGCAGAAUAAAAGGAGCAUUUUUGUACUCUAAUUUUCUUUGCAAAUUAUUGAAGAUUGACCUUCAAUUUGAAAAAAAAUAAAAUCUUUUAGACUGA